ACCAUUCCCUUCCACAGUUCAAACCAAAUGCCCAACGAUCAUGUCCUUCGCUCUCAAAUACUCGACCGUUGGUUCCCGCCUUAAACACUCCCUAUUCCAUUUCCACUUUCUAUCCACCACUUUGACCCACAGAUUCAAGUCUCCCACUCACCAAAACCUCCACCACCUCCUAGAGAGAUGCUCAUCCAUGAGAGAACUCAAGCUACUCCAUGCCCAGAUCAUCCUCCAUGGCCUAACCCACGAGACCCUCACGCUCGGAAAAUUAAUUUCUUUCUGUGCUGUUGCCGACACAGGCAGUCUCGUAUACGCACGCCUCAUGUUCGAGCAAAUGCCAGAACCCAAUAAAUUUAUGUACAAUAGUUUGAUAAGGGGUUACGCAAAUAGUGAUGAUCCAAUAAGGGCAAUUUUGCUCUACAGUAGAAUGAUUGGUUCAGGGCAUUCGCCGAACGAGUUUACUCUUCCUUUUGUUCUUAAGGCUUGCGCUCGAAAAUCUGCGUAUUGGGAAGCUGUGCUUGUUCAUGGUCAAGCCAUUAAACUAGGAAUUGGGUCUCAAGUUUGCGUGCAAAACGCACUUAUUAGCGUGUAUUUUGUUUCUAGGUUUAUUCAAUGUGCCUGGAAGGUGUUUGAUGAGAUUUUAGAAAAGACUUUGGUCUCAUGGAAUUCGAUGAUUGGUGGCUAUUCUAGAAUGGGUUGUCGCAAGGAAGCCUUUCUGUUGUUUCAGGGGAUGAGAAAAUUGGGGAUGGAUCCUGACGAGUUCACUUUAGUUAGUUUACUUUCUGUUUGUUCACAAGGUUGUGAUUUGGAUCUGGGAAGAUGUCUGCAUCUCUAUAUUGUGAUUAUGGGAAUUAAGGUUGAUCUAAUCGUGAGAAAUGCUCUUUUGGAUAUGUAUGCUAAGUGUGGGCAUUUGCAUUCAGCUAAAAUAGUUUUUGAUCACAUGCCUGAAAAAAAUGUCGUCUCAUGGACUUCCAUGGUUACUGCAUACGGUAGACAUGGGCUCACUCAAUACGCUCAACAAAUUUUUGAUAGCAUGCCUGUGAAAAAUGUGGUUUCUUGGAAUUCAAUGAUUUCGUCUUAUGUCCAAGAGGGUUUUUGUAGGGAAGCUUUGGAUCUCUUCCACAAGAUGUGUGAUUUGAGGGUGGUGCCGGAUGAGGCUACCUUAAUUAGCAUUUUUUCAGCCUGUAGCCAUAUCGGGGAUCUGAUCAUGGGAAAGAAGAUCCAUAGUUACAUGUGCAGUAAUUUAAAACCUAGUGUUACUCUAUAUAACUCCCUCAUAGACAUGUAUGCAAAGUGCGGUGCCCUUAGAAUUGCCAUGGAUAUCUUUUACGAGAUGCCAGAACAGAAUUUAGUGUCCUGGAAUGUUAUUAUUGGGGCCCUGGCACUGCAUGGAUGUGGCUUGGAGGCUAUUGACCUCUUUGAAAAGAUGCAAGCCUGUGGAGUUUGGCCGGAUGAGAUCACUUUCACAGGAUUGCUUUCUGCUUGUAGUCACAGUGGUCUUGUUGAUUUUGGGAGAUAUUACUUUGACAAAAUGAGUUCCAUUUACAGGCUAUCACAUGAAAUUGAGCACUAUGCUUGCGUAGUUGAUCUUCUUGGGCGAUCAGGGCUCCUAGAAGAAGCAAUUAGGUUGAUAGGAGGAAUGCCUAUGAAGCCUGAUGUUGUGGUUUGGGGUGCCUUGCUCGGUGCUUGUAGGACCUGUGGCAAUAUUGAGGUUGCAAAGCAAAUCCUAAAGCAGCUGUUGGUGAUGGAGCCACAGAGUUCGGGGCUUUAUGUGCUUCUCUCAAACAUAUACUGUGAAGCUGAAAGAUGGGAAGAUGUGAAGAAGAUAAGGAAACUAAUGAAUGACCAUGGGAUCAAAAAGUGUAGAGCAAUUAGCUUCAUUGAAAUGGAUGGCUGCGUUUAUGAAUUUCUGGUUAAUGACAAGAGACAUGAAAGCUCAAGCGGUAUAUACUCCAUACUUGAUCAAUUAACAGAUCAUUUGAAGUCUUUUGGAUAUUCAUGUAGCCUUUCAAGUGCAUAUUUGGAUGUAGAGGAAAUCUAGCGCUGUGCCGAUUUUCCGUUGUAUCAAGUUAUGAGAAAGUAAAUUCACACUCCAAGGUUCUUUCACCUUUUCUUUCCCCUUCUAUCAAUUGUAAAAUCUUACGAUAAUUGUCCUUCUGAUUAUGUUUGGCGAGGCCUUGCAUGCAAGCAAUAAUAGCUUGGGCGAGCGGCCAGGGCAUUGGGCACCAGCGCCAGCUCGGCUCUGCAGUCGGGUCAGACUGUCUUCUCCUCUUUAUCCCUUCUCUCCAUGUGCUUGGACGUUGAGUUCUAAAGCUACACUUCCAUCUGGUAAUCCCCAAUUUCGUUGUAUCUUGAGCUUCAAGAUUGUGUUUUGAUUGAACCCUUUUGUGGGUUUGGCUUAUAAUUCUUCAGUACCCAUCUCUGUGUUCAAAUUUGAUCCCAAUUCUUGUGUGUUACUCUGUGGGUGCUAUGGAUUACUAACCAGAUAACAUUUUUUUCUCUCUGGGAACAUGGGAAAAGCUGUGAUGAUCAUAAGGUGAAUGAACUUUGAUCCCAAUUCUUGUGUUACUCUAUGGGUGCUAUGGAUUACUAACCAGAUCACUCUCUCUCUCUCUCUCUCUCUGUCUGUGGGAACAUGGGAAAAGCUGUGAUGAUCAUAAGGUGAAUGGACUAUGUUUUUUAUAGAGUUUGGUUGGUGAAAAGCAUAAGAAUUCAACCAUAUUUGUUGGGUUUAGUGAUGGGAAAUUUUUCAGCCAAUGAAUUUUCGUUUCUCUUGGUUGGAGAAAGCAGACAUGUUCACAGAGAUUGUCCUGGCAAAUCAUUGUGUGAGACUUGUACUGAAGCCAUGGUUGGCGAGCAUGAAGGUCACAAAAUUAUCAAAGUUUACAGAGCUUCAUAUCAGACUGCGGUUCGGAUUAGAGACAUUGGAGCAUUCUUUGAUGUCUCCGAUAUACACAGUUUUGUCAUUAAUUCUAAAGAUAUAGUAUUUCUUCAUCAGAAGCAAGAGAAAUCGCAUAAUAUAUCUCGUGCUAAAGCUGCUUACGGGUGUGAAACAUGUGGAUAUGAACUGGAGUCGUCCAAGUCUCGUUUGCCGAGGAAAUUAUUUUGUUCAAUCGCAUGCAAAGUAGAAGCCAAGAGGAGGAGGAAUUAUUCAGUGGUAGAUGAUUCCGAUGAAGAUGUACGUGCAAGAACCGAGGGUGAUCAAUCUUUUGGCAAAGCAAGUAGAGAAGGGACACCCACCGACGACUCUUUUCGCAAAAGAAGUCGAAAAGGGACACCUACAAGGUCUCCUUUCUUUUAGAUUUUCUUCAUUGUACGUGGAAUUUUGCAAAGCAGAGACCCAAGCAAAUUAAUAAGCUUUUCAUUCUUUAAUUAGGAUAAGGGAGUUGAAAGU